AUGAGCACGGUUUACAACACCAACAACAAGUUCCUCGAGCACUGGGCCGACUCACCAAUGAUUACCAUCUUUGCAGAUGUCGUUGAUAAAUCCCAGCCGAUGGUUAUUGCUACCGUCCCGAUCAAGUGGUAUGCUCAGUCGAAGCCGACGUUCGAGUGGAGCCACGUACAUCGAAUCGCACAGAUGGCGGUUGUCGAGUCAGGCCACUUGCUCAACGACAGGCUCGAGCGAGUCGACAUGACCACGGCACCAGCAGCGGGCCAUUACACCAUUGUGCUCGACAAUCGAGAUCUCGUCCAGCUUUAG